AUGAAGUUCUCAACCCUCCCAUCCGUCGCCUUCCUCGCCCUUACAACCGGCGCCCUCGCAGCUCCAGCUCCCCAGCCCAUCCUCACCAACAGACAAAACUCCCAACCCCCCCUCUCAAACCCCAACCAAAACGCCUCCCUCCAACCUUUCGUUUCCUCCACUACUUGCUCCGGUCCGCCCUCAGACGUCAUAAUCCCCGUCUCCUACGCGACCACUUUAUCUCCCUCAGACACCACGCUCUCGCAAGGAUGUUACGAGUUUGUCGCAAACGGCGUGUCGACGCCCGUCCAGUCGGUCAGGAUCACGGGUGUUUGGCCCGAGGUGAAUAAGUGUCUCUUGAGAUACUAUGAGGGGACGGGGUGCGCUGGUGGUGGAAGCGCGUUUGGGACUGUGGCGGCGAAUACGUGUGGGGGGUUUGGUGGAAGGGGGAUUGGUAGUUAUCAGGUUGUUUGUGAGCGGACUUAG